GCUCGGUUGCGUGUGUUGGUGCGAGAUUCGUUUUUUGAAUUUUGAGUUUUUGGCGGGAACUCACCAAGGAGUCUGCAAUGUGAUUGCUAACAACAAUGGAAGAAUCAUCGCUCCACGAAAUGGCGUGCGAAAACAAAAUGGACGCCGCGAGCCACAUGCUACCCAAAUGUCAGACCGCCAUCUUGAAAAGUGACAGUUUACUUUAUUUGAACAUGACGUUAAGUGCUGUGCGGUCUCUAGUGAUUUAUUUGCACGAACAUAGUUCGGUGAUUUUCGCAUCUGUGAUAUUAGUGAUAGUUUUGUAUGUGAUGUAUAAGUGUUACUGGAACCCAGUGUUUUAUAGUAAGGAGUUAACAGACAUAGGCUUCGAGCACAUAAGACCCGGGCCGGACAGACCCGCGAGAGUGGCGCGGGCGCAGCUCGCUCGUAAGCUGGGGUACAAGAUACCCCCGCCGUAUCCUAAUGGGUGGUUCGCGGUGGCUGAGAGUAGCGAGUUGAGGGUUGGGGGCGUUCUCGCAAUGGAUGUCUUGGGUCAGAACCUCUGCCUCUUCCGGGGUGAAGACGGCGUCGCUCGCUGUGUAGACGCCUACUGCCCCCACUUGGGGGCAAAUCUAGCGAUAGGGGGGGCUGUCACCGGCAACUGCAUCCAAUGCCCCUUCCACAAGUGGACUUUUGGCCCUGACGGCGUUUGCAAGAGCGUGCCGGGAGUUGAAAAAGCUCCUCGCGGCGUCGCCGUCAAGUCCUGGCAGACCUGCGAAGCUGACGGAGCCGUGUGGAUCUGGCACGACGCUGAUGGCAGAGAGCCACAGUGGAGCAUGGACUACAGUCCUGGACACUGGGCGUAUAGAGGCCGGAACGAGUUCGUGGUCAGCGCGCAUAUACAGGAAAUCCCAGAGAAUGGAGCAGACGUGGCCCACUUGAACGCGGUUCAUUCCCCAUCAGUGGUCACUGGGCUGGCGGAGAAAUAUCCCUUCCUUCUUAACAUUAUUGGAAGCCACGUCUGGUCAGCCACCUGGAAUAAGGGAGAAGGCCACAUCGCAGACCUGACCCUCACCCAUGACUAUAAAAUCAUGAAGUGCAACCUCUUUCAUAUAGAUGUCACUGUACAACAGAUAGGCCCAGGCUUCGUCCGCCUGUUCCUCAAGACUCCCCUCGGGCCCAUACUGGUCUCCCAGUCGGUGACACCACUUGGUCCUCUCCUCCAGAAGGUGACUCAUAGAGUCUUCUCACCUGCGUAUAACGCACCGUGGGCAGCGCUCGUGGUGUACAAUGAAGCCUACAUGUUCGAAAGAGACGUGGCGAUUUGGAACAACAAAAUCUUCGUAGGGGCUCCUGCGUACGUCAAAGCUGACAAGACCAUCAGAGCCUUCAGAUCCUGGUUUUCCCAGUUCUACAGCGAGAACAGCAAGAGCUUCAAGGAUGCGAUACAGAACCCUCUGGAGUGGUGAUAAGGUUCAGACUUAAAUAAUGAUUGAAAUUCUUAUUGGUUUAUCCAUUUCCAUAAAAUUUUUAGUCAUAAUUUAUCUUGGCAUAAUGAUACGCAUUGAGUGUAAAAAAUAAAAAGGCGGCUUUAACCUAUUUUAACACUAUAGUGCAAGUUACUUUUCUGCCCCAUCGGCCGUCACUUCUGCGUACUAUGUGUCCUGUCCAUUGCCACUUCAGCUUGCUAAUCCGUUGGACUAUGUCAGUGACUUUAGUUCUUUUACGGAGUGGAGUUGAGGCCACGUACCAUGGGACGUCCACCCACAAGGUGGACCGACGACCUGAUAAGGUAGUAGAAAGGGGCUGGAUGCAGGCCGCUACCAACCGUGCGUUGUGGAAGUCAUUGGGUGAGGCCUAUGUUCAGCAGUGGACGUCCUGUGGCUGAAAUGAUGAUGAUGAUGAAUAAAAGUUACACUUGCUUAAUUACGAUGAAGUUCCUAAUACAUUUACUAUGCGAAAAUAAUUAUGCCAAAGUAGGUUUAGUAGUAAAAAAAUAUGCGAAUGGAAAAUACCCCGUCUAAUUUUAUGUGUAUGAAAAAUAAAAAGCAUUUUAUGUACCAAAUCUUUAGGGCUGUAAAUUAUCAAUAAGUUAAAUAGUAAUUAAGCAUUUCAUAGCCAUUAUUUUUGUAAAUUUACUAGCUAUUGUUGUAAACAUUCUUGACAGAUAGCAGAAACACUUCUACGGCGAUUUUCAUACUGUUUAAAUGUAAUUAUUACGGGACUAUUCCCACCUCUCGUUCUCACCGCUGCAACUCCUGUGUAGCCAGGAUCUACAGCUUGACCGCCAAUAACCCAACCAGAAAAAGGUCAAGUUUGUCCCGGGGGAAACAUUAUUGUCUUUUGAACUCUGCUGUCAUUUGACCAAAGUUUACACAAAUGGCUCAUAUUUUUUUAAUAUUUGAAUAUUAUUAUGAAUAUCAUUUAUCAUUAUAGGUGUUAUGUAUUUUAUAAUUUAUCUUAUUGAACUUGUACUUAAAUAUUUUUAUUAAUAAAAUAAAAGAAUGAAAAAAACAUGAAAGACAUCAGACGUUGCAAAAACUUAAUUUAAGUUUUUUUAAAGUAGUUCUAAGCUUAUGACCUAGAUUUUAAGUAGAAACCCAAUUUCCACAUUAAUAUCGGAGUUUUAGUUAGAUAUUUUUAAGAACUAGUGGAUAAAACUUUGUAGGAGAGAAAUAAAACAGUUUUAAUA